AUGGCAAACUGGCCCGACGUUCCUACUAAGCCCGCCGAGGGCAUCUCAUACUUCACGCCCGCUCAGAGCCCGCCGGCCGGUACUGCGCGGGAUCCUCAAACGAGCGGAAAGCCCAUUCCGAAGCUAUUCAAGCCUCUCACCAUCCGCGGCACCACAUUCCAGAACCGCCUCGGAUUGGCUCCUAUGUGCCAGUAUGGCGCCGACGACGGCCACAUGACCCCGUGGCAUCUCGCCCACUACGGCGGAAUCGCGCAGCGCGGCCCCGGAAUGAUGAUCAUCGAAGCCACGGGUGUUGUCCCUGAAGGCCGUAUCACGCCCCACUGCGUCGGUCUCUGGAAAGAUUCCCAAAUCGACUACCUGAAGCAGGUCGUUGAGUUCGCCCACUCACAGGGCCAAAAGAUCGGUAUCCAGCUGGCCCACGCCGGCCGGAAGGCCUCCACCGUCCCGCCCUGGCUCGGCGGCGUGACGGCCACGAACGCCGUCGGCGGGUGGACCGACAACGUCAAGGCCCCUAGCGCGAUUCCCUUCGCGGAGGGCGAGAUCGUUCCUAAGGCCAUGACUAAGGAGGAUAUCCAGGAAGUUAAGGAUGCGUGGGUGGCUGCGACUAAGCGCGCCGUGCAGGCGGGUGUUGAUUUCAUUGAGAUUCACAACGCUCACGGAUACCUGCUUUCUUCGUUCUUGACGCCCUCGGCGAACCAGCGCACGGACGAGUACGGCGGUAGCUUCGAGAACCGCAUUAGACUGUCCCUUGAAAUUGCCCAGUUGACUCGCGACACGGUCGGGCCUAACAUGCCUGUUUUCCUCCGCGUCAGUGCCACCGAUUGGUUGGAGACCAGCAAGCCCGAGGAGAAGGGUUGGAAGUUGGAAGACACGGUGGACUUUGCCCGGGCGCUUGCGGCCCAGGGAUGCAUUGAUCUGAUCGAUAUCAGUACCGGAGGUGUGCACAGCGCGCAGAAGGUGACGUCUGGAGCUGGAUUCCAGGUGCCUUUUGCGACGGCUGUCAAGAAGGCGGUUGGCGAUAAGAUGGCUGUCGCGGCUGUCGGUAUGAUCAACAAUGGAAAGCUGGCCGAGCAGAUUCUGAACGAGGAUGAUUUGGACGUCAUUCUCGUUGGACGUGCCUUCCAGCGUGACACUGGAUUGACGUGGCAGUUUGCUAAGGACUUGGACGUUGAGAUUGCCAUGGCUGCCCAGAUUCGUUGGGGCUUCACGAGCUUCCGCAAUGCUUCAGAGUAUAUCCAGCCCAACUCGAUGAAGGCAUCCAUCUUUGAUUAG